GCGCGCUCUCCGCUCAGGUCCGACCGCGAUAAGGGGGCACAGUUCCGUGGACUCGAUUUGUGUGGACAUGGUACCGUAAAGCUAUAGUGUCCGAAAACUUCCGAUAAUUGUAGUGUACCGCGUGUGGAUGCGUGACGCGCCGUGACAACGUAGUACUGAUGGCCCGUCCGCAGCUGUGACACUCUCGAACGGUGUAGUCGUGGCAAAACGAAGGAUUUUUCUCCUCUCUCGGCCGUGGAUGCUACCUGUCCCGACCGGAAAGCUACAGGCGAAGUCCUCCGCCGUGGUGUUACCCAAGUGCUUCGCUACAUCGUCGUUCUGUGUCACGUGGUGAUCUGCUGAUCUCGACAAUUUUCCGAACAUGCGAUUUCACUUUGGAUAUAUCACUAGAUCCUCUUCAAGAGAGGAACGCGCCGUCGGAUCAGCCAGUACAGGACUGCCAGGCACGAAGAGGAGGACAGCGAUAGCCCCGGAUUCUUCACCGGCAGCAUCCGUGGCCUAGGCGCUGCCAAGCUGCCGCAAUGUCGCCUGGUCCUGUAGUAAAGGAUCCGUCGUCCCUCAACAUGGCACACAUGAUGACACCGCGCUGUACCAUGUCCAUCACGCGCACCAAGGGACUUCUCAACAUGCCGGGACAGAACAACUGCUUCCUCAACAGCGCUGUGCAGGUACUGUGGCAUUUGGACAUCUUCAGAAGAAGUUUUCGGGACCUCAGUGGGCAUGUCUGCAUGGCGGAGUCUUGUAUCUUUUGUGCGUUAAAGGAACUUUUUGCGCAGUUCCAGUACAGCAAAGAAUCUGCACUGCCACCAGAUGCGUUACGAAGAGCCUUAGCAGAAACUUUCUUCGAUCAACGCCGCUUUCAGCUCGGCUUCAUGGAUGAUGCAGCGGAGUGCUUUGAAAACAUUCUGUUGCGUAUCCACUUCCACAUUGCAAGCCAGGAAGCUGAAGACAUGUGCAGUGUCGGUCACUGCAUUCCUCAUCAGAAAUUUGCAAUGACACUUGUUGAGCAGACCGUCUGCCAUGUCUGUGGGGCAUCCUCGGAACCUUUGCCCUUCACCCAGAUGGUUCAUUAUGUUUCAGCGUCAGCCCUGUGUUCCCAAGCUUCAUUAAUUCAAAGCAAGGAGCAGAGUAUGGUCUCAUUUGGUGAACUUCUGUGGCGUGCUGGAGGCAUGGGAGACAUAAGGGACUGUCCGAGCUCCUGCGGUGCAAAGAUACAGAUCUGCCGCACACUAAUGAACCGGCCAGAUAUAGUGAGCCUCGGUCUUGUGUGGGAUUCUGAACGACCUACGGUUGAUCACAUCACAGACGUACUGGACACCAUUGGAACAUCCAUAAACAUGCAGGAGAUGUUCCACUCUGUUGUGGACAGCAGAUGGGCAGCGUCGGUGACGCACCAUCUUGUCGGCAUUGUUACGUACUAUGGAAAACAUUACUCCACAUUCUUUUUCCACACCAAGCUCGGGGUCUGGAUCUACUUCGAUGAUGCCACAGUGCGAGAGAUUGGUCCUCAUUGGCAGCAAGUAGUGGACAAGUGCCGCAGAGGGCAUUUCCAGCCUUUGCUGCUGCUCUACGCCAAUCCCAGUGGAACUCCCGUACAGACUGCUAAUGCCCCAAGCACAGUGAUAAACUGCAUGUCGGACUAUAAAAGGAAGCAAAUAGAACUGCAAGAAAUGAUGUCUGAAAGGCACAAGUACAGCCAGCAACAUCCUGCCUGCUCGCCGUCGGACUUCUCCGCACAGCACUCUCACGCCAAUGGCACUCGUGACAGACCGCAGUGGUCCCAUACUAACUGGACACAGAGCUCCGGCCCCACCUACAACACUUCAAAUGGAUCUGCUCGGAAGAACAUCACACCACACUCCCAUGUUCCCUCCAACAACCACUUGAAGCACAGGCUACGAACGUACUCCGAUACGUCGAUCAUGUCGGAGAGCCCAAGCGAUUGCAUCAACAAGCGAGAUGACGGCAUGGCAGACAGCGAACUUGACAGCACCUACAUCAGCAGGCAAGCCGUUGAAAGCAUCCUGAACAUGCAGCGUCUUCAACGACAGCGUACUCUGAACGGCGGCACUGGUGGCGUUGUGGUGCCUGGGAGCCGCAACAGCAGCAGCAGCCUCGAGUCGUUUGAAAACUCGCUGCACAUGCGAGAGAAGGCCCUCGAAGGUGGGGAAGGAGCGCUGCGAAGACGGGACUCUGGAAACUGGAGCGGUGACAGGAACAGUGCCAGUUCUUCAAGCAGCACUUCGCUAGAUGGGUCCUACUAUUACACUGCUGGCAACAAACGGCUCCUGGGUGGUACAGCCAGAGUGGUCAACAAUUUCUCCAAGCACGAGUACAUGAACGUUGGCGUGCUAGCAGAUCAAGGCUACGACUCCUACUCCUUGUCGAGCACAGACAGCUACCCAUCUGUAGGGCUCCCCGGUUCACCAGGAAAAUUGGACACUCGCCUGAAGCAGAUACCGGAAGCGCCAGUUGGGCAGGCCAAGACAGGGCAUCCAGAUCUUGACUCUCUGCAGGACGAAGUGUUUGCCAGCACAGCGAGUAGAGGGCAUUUUGAAGACUGCGACAAACUUUGCAUGCAAGUGGACAUUUUGCUGAAAAAGUCUUGCGAAAAAGAGCAAGCCGGGGACCUGAACAUGGCAGUAUUUUUCUGCGAUGCAGCAGCAGUUAAAGCAAGAGCUGCAAUGGAUGCCCCGUACAGCAAUGCCCAAGCACUGAAUGCAGCAAAAAUGAAGCACAGCCUCUGCGUCAUGCGCUCCAACAAACUGAGUCGAAGCUUGAAAGAGGUCGAAACGGAAGACCGUCGCUGGCACAAGGAGGCAAGCCACGAAGUGCACCACAGCAGGCAAGGAAGCAGAGAUAGUACUCACAGCCAGCACAGCCACAGUCGUCAAGGAAGCCGAGAUGGGAGCCAAGUAUUAGGGGACGCUCCCUCCGACAAACCAGUCAACAACAUAGAGAUCUACGCGACGCUGCCUAAAAAGGGCUCAAAGAAGAAAGCAAACGUCCUAGAAUCACAGUCCCUCAGGAUCAAAGAGGACACGGAAAUUUACAAAUACUUUUUGACAAAACAGCGACAGAACAACAAAAAAGAUGGCGACUCUUCGACUACGACGAGGUGCAAGCCUAAGGAAAACUGGAGCCACAAUAAAAACCUCAACUCCAUGUUCACGAAGGAGCCAGAGCUGAGCGACUACUGCAGCGAGUGGGAGCAGACGAAGAAACCCCCCCUGCAUCGCACGCUUUCCAACCCCGCCGGAAUGAAGAACCACGACUCCGACGGGAACAACGCAGCCGCGUCUGCGGCCACAAAGAAGCAGCACAAGAUCAGGAGGAAACUGAUGGGUGGCUUCAUGCGCAGAAAGAACCGGAGUUUGCCCGACCUCAGAGAGAACCAGGACGCGCUGCAAGCGGGCUCCCGGUCCUUCGACGACACGGCAAUCUUCAAGUCUGGCAAGGACACCAACAAGACGAGUUUAGAACGCAAGGCACGCAACGAGAGUGGAGACGAGGGGAAGGAGGAACAGUCCGCCACCAUAAAAUGUCGCGGCUUUCACCAACCGCACCGCGCCUUCGUCGCUCGGGGGCUCUGCCACCGCCCGCUUCUGACCAAAGUGGAUCCUCCGCACAUAGAAGUGGCAAGAAGUCCCAGUCCCGUGAAGACCCAUGCAGCGAGAAGUUGCAGUCCAGUAAAAAGGAACGAUGGCGCGACGUACAGCCAUUACACGAACGCUUCGUACCGGGCGAAUUCUUACUACCCAGCGAAUGACAGUGACACGAACUGCAGCGAUCUGGAGAACUACGAGGUGCCGUCGAGCGAGAACCUUCCCCCUCCCGCUAGUCCACUGCUUGCUCCCACCCCCGACAUAAGUAGCGAUGUCGAGCAAACAGUAGCGGAAGAAAGCUGUUUGCUCAAAGAAAUACAAGCCAAGAGGAAACAAAUCAUGAAUGCACGAUCUGGUGAAGCCUCCAGUAAUGCUACGGCCAGCCACUCGGACACGCAGAGGAACGGGGAAGCGUCUCGUACCGAAUUUGCUCCAAAUUCGCUCGAAAGGAAUUGGCUGCAAGAACUUCAGUCGAAGCAGAUAUCAAUGCUCACAAAGGCAGGUGAGAAGCUGUACAGUGGGCACCAGCUACAGCGAGGAGAGCAGCCUGAACAAGUGCUCCCCAAUGGAAACAAGCCAGGAGUCCCACUUCAGUCCACAUCGCAGCAAAGACAACAUGAAAAUGUCUCACAGCAUGAAAAAACCAGCCCAUAUAAACAGAAGGAUGUUCUUAAUGAUCCAACAAGUAAGCCAUGCGAAAGCAAAGGAGAUUCUGACCAGGAUGAUGCGGUCAAGCCACGGUCUGUCCGAGACCUGGCAUCAAGGUUUGAGAAGAUCCUGAAACCACCGACUGUGGAACCAUCGGAGGAUGCAGGAUUCAAGACAGGAAGGGCACCCAUAACAGCACAUCAGCCUCUGGGCAUCCCCACACAACCAUGUGGAGCCGAAAACAAGGACAUUCCUCCAUCGACGACCGUGGUGACCUCUCUGCCCUACAACGUGAAAUGCUAUACCUCAAGCGCUUACCAGGCUCCUGUGUCUCCACCACAACAGACUGCUUCUGCCCCAAGUACAAACCAUCUUGUACGUCAACAGCAGGCUUCAAAAUCGUGUCCCCAAACCACAACAGACACAACCAUGCAUAUGUCACCGGGUACGCAGUAUGUGCAACAGGCCAGCAAUAUAUACCCUCAGCCAUAUGCAAACCAUGCAGCAUCCCAACAGCAGCUUAACACCAUUCCAAGCAACCACGAACAGAGCCCAACUCAGCAGUACCACUCCCCACCGAAUUCAGAACACGCGCAACAGUCCCUGACUUACACCAUGCCUGUACAGACAUCAACUAGUGCCCCAGCCACACCUUCAGUGGCAUGUACCGGUGGUGUUUACAAUGCACGCACGGGUAACAGGUACCCUCUGCCUUCACAGUAUGGAAAAGCAUUCCAAUGUGUCAAGACCCAGGACAUGCCAGACGCAAGGCCCUUUGUGGCCGUCAGAAUGCCACCACAGACUGCUCAGCCAACUAUGCAGGGGAUGCCCCACUUCCAACACCAGCAGGGUGGAAGUGACACAUCGCUUCGUCCCGUGUCGCCAGCAAAUUCGGAGCCAUCAAAGAGACCUACAAGACCUCCGGACUACGAAACAGCGCUACAGAGGUUAGAGAUGAUGAAGGUGCAACAAAGGACAGCAUCGCCAGACUGCAUGCAGGGUAAAACGGGGGACACGCUGUGUGCGCAACAAGGUGGUAGUGAGCAAGCCAAGAAACGGAAACCUCUGUCCAAGAAGAGCGUGACUUUUUCGGACGAGGUCGUCCUCGUGGCAUGUGCCGAGGAGGAGGAGAGUGUCUACAUCCCUAACCCUCUGCUCGAGAGGGUUUAUAGGCAACAUGCUGCAAGAAAGGAACCGCGAGACACUGUAAGCCAAUCUGAAGUGUCACCACUUUUACGGACAGCAGCAGGUGCAUGUGACGCCGUAAGCCAAGAAGAGGUGUCUGUCGAACAGGACGCAAACUCGCAAGUUCCGUGCAAUUUGUGCCACAAAAAGUCUGUCAGCCCACCCACUGUGUAUUGUUCGGACUGUGCGUUUUACAUGUCGAGGUUUCAGAAAAGGACAUGAACUUCUCUGAAUAUAUUGUUUCCCUUUUGUCUGUGAUAUACCUCAAAUUUGCUUCAAAGCAGUUUUGAGCGGUGAACUGAUAAAUGUACAGGUGAACUGUUUUAUAGCUCUGUUGUAUUUUAGCGUUACCACCGACCAUGCUGCAUGUUUCAUUACAUCACCAUCACAGACCAUUGUAUGUGUCCAUUCUCGCAUUUUUAGAAUGAAUUUCUAUACAUUUUUGUACAAGUGAUUGCAGUAUUGAUUUGAGGUUUACAUACAUGCAUUUCUAAUUGUGACACGUGUCACUACAUGCAAAAAGAACAAACAUCGCUGUAGAGCAUAAAGAUCAUCUCGAGGCAGCAUUUGCAUUUUGCAAUGUUUCAUUUCCUCCAUGUGAAUACUUUUAACAACACUGUUUCCUCCUGGUUGCGAAGACAUGUACAAAUUCCUCACAUCACAGAUUCAACGCGAGAUAAUAUUCCAGUACCAACAGCAGGCAAUCUAGCCCUCCGAUCAAGGGAACUUCACUCUUGGGGUGCUGACAAAAGGGAAUGGGGAGUUGUCAAGUUGUCACCUUGACAACUUCAUAGUAUAAAAAGUUCAUAAUAUUUUACUUUGUUACAUUGCUGAAGCUGCUGUCAUGCUACUUAGCAUCAGUAUUAUAAAAUACCUCAAAAGGAAUGCCUGAUCUCAUCUGUAAAGUACAAUGUUAUUACAAAAAUAUAAGGUGUAAUUAAACACAGCCAUGGGCAUAUAAAUGAAUUUGCAGAACAUUUUACAAAAAGCAUUCCAGUGCCUUCUGCAAAACCAUGAUUUUGUUUUUGCCUUUUGACAGUACAUUGUUCGAGGUUGUUGAGUUUAGAGUAAUCAACAUGUUAAUGGAAGCCAUGAACCGGUUAGAUUUGCCAUUUUCUCCGCACUACAUAUUACCUUUUGACCAGCAUUUGAAUGAACUGUUACAGGACCUGCAACAAGUACAUUGAAUUUUUAGGCUGUUGUUAAAGAUACGAAACUCGCAUACCUGAACAAUUCGCUGCAUCUAAAGGUACACUCAUAUUGCCGCCAUUGUGCCAAAGUUCAUUUCUAAAUUGUAUACUUGUACAUAACAGGACUGUCAUUAAAAGCACUGUUUAUGCCUUUUCA